AUGUCGGAUUGCAGAAGGGAGUGGAACCGGGAAGAUGAGCUGCCGGUGUACUUUGCUGGACCGAUCAUCACUGGACCGAACCAGCGCAAAAGCUACGGGAUGUUUGAUUCUGUGGAGGGAGCGUUUGAAAGCAAGACCAUCGACUUCGACAAUUAUGCAGUUGGAAGGAAAGGGGGCCGCACCCCGAGGAGCGGAAGCCGGGAGAGAAUCCUGGACAUAUGCGACUCCACCGGCAAGACCUCUGGUGAGGCCCAAAUGGGCUCACGGACCACCUCUCCAGGGGGAGAACAUGGCUCUCCGGGAGUCGAGACUGAGCUUUCCUCGGGGAUGGAAAACACACAUGGAACGGGUGAGAGCUUGCUGAUUAAAGGAGGUCGAGUGGUCAACGACGACCAGUCGAUUUACGCAGACGUGUACAUUAAAGAUGGAUUGAUCAAACAGGUAGGGGAGAACCUGGUUGUCCGUGAUGGCAUCAGAGUGAUCGAGGCAAAUGGCCGCUUGGUGAUCCCAGGUGGGAUUGAUGUCAACACCUGUCUGAUGAAGUCCUAUCUUGGUGUACGCCCUGUUGAUGACUUCUUCCAGGGCACCAAAGCAGCUCUUGCAGGAGGCACGACAAUGAUAAUUGACCAUGUGACCCCCAAGCUUGGGGACAGCCUGCUUAAGGCUUUUGAAGUCUGGCAGGAGGCUGCGGACAAGAUGGCGUGCUGUGACUACUCCCUUCAUGUUGACAUCCCUCAGUGGAAUGAUUCAAUUAAAGAUGAAUUGGAGACGCUGGUGCAGGAGAAAGGUAUUAACUCAUUCCAGGUGUACAUGGCAUACAAGGAUGUGUACCAGAUGACAGAUACUCAGCUAUAUGAAGCCUUCUCCUUCCUGAAACAAAUUGGUGCCGUGGUGUUAGUUCACGCUGAAAACGGAGAUUUGAUAGCUCAAGAACAAAGAAAAAUCCUCGGGAUGGGAAUCACAGGACCUGAAGGCCAUCCUCUGAGUCGUCCUGAAGAGGUGGAGGCUGAGGCAGUGUUUCGGGCAGUCACCCUUGGAAACCGUGUGAAUUGUCCUGUCUACAUUACUAAGGUGAUGAGUAAGAGUGCAGCUGACACCAUCACUCAGGCCCGGAGGAAAGGUUCUGUAGUCUUUGGAGAGCCCAUCACAGCUAGCUUGGCCACUGAUGGUUCACAUUACUGGAGCAAAAACUGGGCCAAAGCUGCUGCUUAUGUCACUUCCCCUCCUUUGAGUCCUGAUCCCACAACCCCAGAUCACCUCCACACACUUCUGGCCUGUGGAGACCUGCAGGUGGUGGGAAGCGCUCAUUGCGCAUACAGCACCUCUCAGAAAGCAAUCGGUAAAGACAACUUCACACUAAUCCCAGAGGGCACCAACGGAGUGGAGGAAAGGAUGAGUUUUGUAUGGGACAAAGCCGUGGUCAUGGGGAAGAUGGAUGAGAACCAGUUUGUGGCUGUCACUUCCAGCAACGCUGCCAAAAUCUUCAAUAUAUACCCACGUAAGGGUCGUAUAGCGGUGGGCUCUGAUGCCGAUGUCGUCGUCUGGGACCCUGACAGCACCAAAACUAUUACAUCGAAACAGCAGCAGUCGUCUUCAGAAUUUAACAUCUUUGAGGGUCUGGAGUGUCGUGGGGCUCCAGUGCUAGUGUUGAGUCAGGGUCGGGUGGUAUUUGAGGAAGGAGUGCUCCAAGUGCAGCAGGGUACUGGACGAUUCAUCCCUCGCAAACCCUUCCCAGACUUUGCUUACCAACGUUUAAAGUUCAGGAACCAGGUACACUACAGAGAAGAGAUCACUCGUGGGAUGUAUGAUGGGCCCGUGUUUGAUGUCGAUCAAACCCCAAAAUAUAUCACCCCUUCACCUUCGGCCAAAACAUCACCGACCUCGCACCUGCCUCCACCAGUACGCAACCUUCACCAGUCCAACUUCAGCCUAUCAGGGGCUCAGUAUGAUGACAACAUCCCUCGCAGGUCUGGCCAUCGUAUUGUAGCACCCCCUGGAGGUCGCUCAAACAUUACCAGCCUCGGUUGA